AUGGCAUACCAAGGAGUCAUCGCUCUCUCUUUCUUCCUCCUCACCCUCUCUUUCUCCCUCUCUAAUCCUUCUCCAAAUCCUACCGCAUUCCGUGUAGAUCUUCACCACUGUGACUCAGUGCAUUCUCCGCUCCACGAUCCCUCGGCUUCUCCCUAUGCUCUUCGCAAGCUAGCCGUUGAGCGUUCCAUCUCUCGCCACAAUGCCUUGCAAUGGGAGAUCUCCGGGAAAUACUCACCGUCGGAUCUUAGAACCGAUAUGAAGCGAAUACCAGGUGAGUACCUUAUGAAAAUCUCCAUAGGGACACCGCCCCAACCAUUCUGGCUAAGUUUUGACACGGGGAGCGAUCUUGUGUGGACUCAGUGCGAGCCUUGCGCUAACUGCUUUGAACAAGAUGGCGAGAAAUACGAUCCUGAGAAUUCAUGCACAUUUGUCGCGCUUGAAGGCACUGCCCCUCUAUGUCAAGCCUACCAUGGAGGUACCCCUCCUGCAAAUCCCUGCCCUUACACUGUCGUAUAUCUUGAUCAAUCACAUAGUACUGGCAUACUUGCAACCGAAUCGUUCACUUUCGAGACCUCUAGAGUUGAUGCCACCACCACUAAUCCUCUCUCUUCUCCUUAUAGAAUCAAUGCCAACCCUGGCUAUAAUUCUAGUGCAAGCAAUAAUCCUCUCUCUAGUCCUUGUAAAACCAAUUCUAAUCCUCACUAUAGUUCUAGUGCCACCACUAAUCCUAGAUCAAAUCACAUUUUUGCAAAAACUAAUCCUAGUUCAACCAUCAAUUUGAGUUCAGAUUCAACUCCUAGUUCUAACAAUGGCACUAUUCCAAGUGCUAGCACUACUAGUACUAGUCCUAGUGUUACAAUUAUUACCACUAAUGAUGCAAUUCAGACGGUGAUCACCGGAAUCGGUUUUGGGUGUGGCCGAACAAACACUGGGAACUUUGUCCCUGCCAUGGCGGGCGUCGCUGGGCUUGGAGGAGGGCCCCUCUCGCUAACCUCCCAAUUGGGGGGCAUAAUUGCUGGCAAGUACUCAUAUUGCUUGACCUUGAGCACGGCCACUGAUGCCAUGGGCAAAUUGAUAUUCGGAGAUAAUCCUGUGUUCGAUGGGCCAAACACCAAGAGAACACAGAUACUAAGGGAUCCUAACAUUCCGACCUACCACUUCCUAGGGCUUGAGGGCAUUAGCGUAGGCAACAAGAGGCUCAACAUCCCUGUAGGAACGUUCGAUAGUGGAAGGUUCAUAAUUGAUUCCGGCACCACAUUGAACUUUCUGGCAAAUGGAGGAUACGGACCACUCACUGAUGAAUUGAAAGAUGUGAUCCAAUUAGAGGCAGCAAACGACCCCUCAACCGAUCCUGAUAUAGUGUUGGAGCUCUGCUAUAAGAAACCUAACAACUACGAGGGGAUCCCUGAUAUAACAUAUCAUUUUUCGGGUGGUGCCGAUUGGAUAAUGCCGCCCCAGAACUCGUUUGAAGUGGCGAGUGCAGAUGUGAUAUGUUUGGCCCUUCGCCCCGCCGAUGAACAGCUCCAGCUCUCCAUUAUGGGGAACAUGGCUCAGCAGAACAUGGUUGUGGAGUUUAAUGUCAAUGAUAAUAUUCUUUCUUUUGUCCCUGCUGAUUGCACCGCCCUUUAA